AACGGGACACCUGCGGAUACAGUCUCAGGAGACCCCUUCCUCCAGAGCCUGGCAGCCAUGACCCUUUGGAGGUGACCCAGGAGGGCGGGAUGCAGACCUGCAGUCCUCCAGAUGAGGGGCCCCUGCGCGGACUCGUGGCGUCCCGCAUUGAGACCUACGGGGGCCGGCUUCGGGCCACUGCCCAGAGCCCCAGUGGCGGCCUUCAUCGAGGAGGCGUCGUGCUGGAUCCCGGUCUCCGACACCUCCAGCACUAUAUCCCCUUCACCAAGACUUCCGCCCAGGCCCGGGGCCUGUCUCCCCUGAGGUUGCGAGAACCUGAGCCCCAGAAGAGAUAUGGAGACCAUCUGGGAGCUGGCCCUCCUCUCUCCCCCAGACUCAAGGAAGUCACCCAGGCCCACGAGCUGGAGGUGAGGCUGCACACGUUCAGCAUGUUUGGGAUGCCCCGCCUGCCCCCUGAGGACCGGCGGCACUGGGAGAUAGGAGAGGGCGGCGACAGUGGCCUGGCCAUAGAGAAGUCCUGGAGGGAGCUGGUGCCUGGGCAUAAGGAGAUGAGCCGAGAGCUUUGCCACCAGCAGGAAGCGCUGUGGGAGCUGCUGACCACCGAGCUGAUCUACGUGAGGAAGCUCAAGAUCAUGACAGAUCUCCUGGCCGCCGGACUGCUGAACUUGCAACGAGUGGGGCUGCUGACGGAAGUAUCGGCGGAGACCCUGUUUGGAAAUGUCCCCAGCCUGAUCCGAGCCCACCGCAGCUUUUGGGAGGAGGUGCUGGGGCCCACCCUGGAGGAGACGCGUGCCUCGGGCCGACCCCUGAACCCCGUCAGCCUGCAAAGUGGCUUCCUGACAUUUGGCCAGCGGUUCCAGCCCUAUGUCCGCUACUGCCUGCGAGUGAAGCAGACCAUGGCUUACGCCCGGGAGCAGCAAGACACUAACCCUCUCUUCCAUGCCUUUGUGCAGUGGUGUGAGAAGCACAAGAGCUCAGGGAGGCAGAUGCUGGGGGACUUGCUCAUCAAACCUCACCAGCGCAUCACCAAGUACCCCCUGCUGCUCCAGGCUGUGCUGAAGAGGAGCCCUGAAGCUCAAACCCAGGAGGCCCUGGGUGCCAUGAUUGCAGCUGUGGAGUCUUUCCUGCGGCACAUCAAUGGGCAGGUCCGCCAGGGUGAAGAGCAGGAGAGCUUGCUGUCUGUGGCCCAGCGCAUUGGGCCCUACGAGGUGCUGGAGCCAUCCAGUGACGAGGUGGAGAAGAGCCUUCGUCCAUUCUCGACCCUGGACUUGACAUCCCCCAUGCUGGGGGUAGGACCUGAGCACACCAGGCAGCUGCUGCUUGAGGGACCAGUGCGCGUGAAGGAGGGCCGAGAAGGCAAGCUGGAUGUGUACCUGUUCCUUUUCUCCGAUACACUCCUGGUGACCAAGCCUCAGCGCAAAGCGGACAAAGCCAAGGUCAUCCGUCCUCCACUCAUGCUGGAGAAGCUUGUGUGCCGGCCACUGCGAGACCCCAGCAGCUUCUUGGCCAUCCACCUCACAGAAUUCCAGUGCGUCUCUAAUGCCCUCGUUGUGCACUGUGCCUGUUCAACAACUCGUGCCCGAUGGCUGCAGAAGAUCCAGCAGGCCCAGGCCAGCCUGCAGAAGCUGAAGGCAGAGGAGUACGUGCAACAGAAGAGGGAGCUCCUGGCCCUCUACCGGGACGGGGACCAGGACACCAGGCCCUCCACGCCGUCCCUGGAGGGCUCUCAGAGCAGUGCAGAGGGAAGGACCUCUGAGUUCUCAGCCGUCAUCCCCCACCUGGUGGUGACGGAAGACACGGAUGAGGAUGCCCCCUCCGUUCCCGACGAUGCCUCGGACUCGGGCUACGGCACUUUGAUCCCAAGCUCCCCCAAGGGGCCCCACUCUCCGCUCAACCGCCUGCGCUCCAGGGCCUUCCGGCGGGACCCCCGCCUCACCUUCUCCACCCUGGAACUCAGAGAUGUUCCCCUGCGGCCCGAGCCGCCUGACCCCAAAGCUGCUCAACGCCGAAGCGCCCCUGAGCUGCCGGAAGACAUCCAAACGGGAGUCAGCCAUCCGGGGACCGACCCACGCCCCUGGUCGCAGGAGGAAGAUGGGGUCUCCGUGGGCGAGAAUGUGGUGGCGGAAACCCUGCACAGGGCCCGGCUUCGUGGCCAGCUCUGCCCCUCCCCUCCCCACACAGACUCGGCCGGGGAAAGCCCCUGGGAGUCCUCUGCCGACGAAGAAGAAGAGGGGCCUCUGUUCCCGGGGCCAGCCCGCAGGCCGUGCGUCCGGCCGCUCAGCGCUGAGGACAUGCUCCGACAGAUCCGCGAGGAACUGGCCACGCAAAGGAUCGAGGGAGCCACAGAGCCCGGGGACGGCAAGCCUCGGAAGCUGACCCGCGCCCAGCUGCAGAGGAUGCGAGGCCCGCAAGUCAUACAGCUGGACACGCCCCUGUCCACUUCAGAGGUGUGAGCAUCGCAGAGGAAGGCUCUCCCGGAGAGUGCUGGUCACCCCUGCCCCCACACUACCUCAAGG